AUGACCCUGGCCGCAGCCGCCGGCGCCUGCGAGCGCGGCCUUCAGUGGCAGCAGGCCUUGGCGUUGCUACGCACGGCGCGCGACGCGCAGAGAGAAAGUGCAUUGAUUUCAAAUACUGUCAUGAACGCUAUGGCCAACAGUCAACAGUGGCCCCAAGCCUUGCUUCUACUGGCGGAGACCCAUAAGAGGCGUCUGCAAAGCUUCCUCAUCACGCGCAACGCUGUGGUGGCGGCUUGUAGUCGCAGCUCUGAAUGGCUCUCAGCGGUGCAGUUGCUACAGAACUUUCAAAGGGAGCGAUUGCAGGUGGACGUCUUCACCUACAACAACGCCUUGAGCGCCUGCGUGAAGAGCCACAAGUGGCAACAGACGCUUCAGCUCUUCCAGGACCUGCGGCAGCAGCGACUCGACGAGGCGGUGAUGCCCUACGAAUUUGCGGUCAGCGCGUGCGGGAAAGGGGACCAAUGGCAGCUAGGACUGGAGUUGACGAACAGUAUGCUUGAAAGGAAAUUUGAAGUGCACCCCAUCACUCGGAGUGUUGCCAUUGGCAUGUGUCAGCAGUGUGGUGCCGACGUCUCCGAGCUGGUGCUACGGCUCCUAGACGACAGCGACAAUGUCAUGCUGAACGGCAAGGCGUUGAACGUCCUGGCCAAGUCCUCGUGGCAAAGGGGGCUGCAGCUCUUGCAGAGCAUGGUCCGGCGAAAGGUCGCUGACAAGAUUUCCUACGUCUCAAUGAUGAGUGUCUUCGAAACUACUGGGAACUGGCGUCAAGCUCUGCAGUUGCUACAAGAUGUGCGGCAAGAGGGUGUGGAGGUGGACCCGUUACUCUUCAGCGUGGCCAUCAACGCCUGCGAGAACGCGCAGCAGUGGCCUUUCGCCCUGGCGCUCUUGAAAGAAGGCGGUGGGGAUCUGCACUCUCACAGCUUCACAUAUGUUGCCUCUUUGCAAGCCUUGGGCAACCAGAUGCAAUGGGAACAGGUGCUCAUGUUCCUGGAAGAAGUGGAAGAUCGCUUUGCAGCAGAUGUCAAAGUCCAGAGUGCCGCCGUGAACGCCUGCGCGCUUGGCUCUUGGGAGGCCGCGUGGUGUUUGCUUCAAGGGAUGCAAGCGAAGCAUCUUCCCACGCAAUACGCCACCAGCGCGCUGAUGAAAUCAGCUGCUCAGGCGACCGAGUGGGCUUUGGCUCUGCAUCUCUUCCAUUCCACAGAUACCAUGGAUUUGGUGGGUUUCAACAGUGCCCUCGGUGCCUGCCAAGUGGCACAUCUCUGGGAGGAGGCCUUGGGACUCUUGCAGAAGAUGCAAGACUCCGAGCUGCAGGCUGAUCAGGUUUCCUACAGCUCUGCCAUCAGCACCUGCGGCAAAGCGUUUCUCGGUUGGCAGCGAGACGCGGAGUGGAGAGGGGUCAUGACGGUCAUGGCUGGAGAUGUUCGCAUCAACUUGCUCCACUGGCAGCAUGCGCUGCAGUUGAUGACCGCGGUGCCAGCCGAAUCGGCGGUCUUCAACGCAGUCAUCAACGCCUUUGGCAGGAGCAGCGAGUGGCGACGAGCGCUGCUGGUCUUUGACAAGAUUCCAAAGGUGGAUCUGAUCAGCUACAACAGCCUCAUCAAUGCUUGCGCGAAGGGCACUGAGCGCGACGUGGCGUUGCAACUCUUUCGUCAGCUACCGUCCGCGCACCUGGCGCCGGACCUCUUCACCUUUGGUGCGCUGAUGACAGCCAUCAAUGAUGGGAAUCAGGCCCUGGCACUUCUGCGCGAGCUCGAGGACUUUCCGUCUCUAAAAGCCAAUGUGGUCACCUACACGGCGGCCAUGGCUGCCUGUGGCCGUGGGAGACAGUGGUCCGAAACCUUAGAACUCUUCGGUGAGAUGAAGGACAGUGGCAUUUCUCCCAGCGUGAUCAGUUUCAAUACUGCGAUGGAAGCCUGCGAUGAUCACUGGCAACAUUCCUUGGCUUUGCUUCGGGACAUGCGAAAUCCCAACAGCUUCUCCUACAGCGCCUCCAUGAGCUGCUGCGCUUUGGCCAACGCCUGGCCGGUGGCCUUGCAACUGCUGCAGGAGGCGGACGAACGAGACUUUGAGGUUGGAUGUGGGGAAGACUUGAGCGGAGUGCACGGAGAACGGGAGAAAGAUCUCAGCACUGGUUGGUGCGCUGAGGAGAUGUUGGUGCUGCGGAAUCUCUUGAUCGGCGCCUGUGGUGCAGAGGAAUAUUUUCGCUUCUGGCUCAUGGCGAAGGAUUUCAGGCACCUCGACAAGUUUCAUCCCGCCUCACUGCGGCGGGACAUGAUAAGCUUCGGAGUGACUCAGCCCAUGCUUCACUUGGCGCGCUGCCGGCCGGUGGGCUUGCUGUUCUUGCUGGUGAAGGUGUUCCUCCGCGUGCACCGCGACGCGGAUGCCGCGGUGCAGCAGCAGCUGCAGCUCUGGAGUCGCUGCCGCAACGGUUCCCUGGACCUCUGUCGUCGCCUGGACGAUGGGGUCAUGGCCGAAAGCAUGGAAAGCAACGGCACGGGGACGUCAACGGUGCCCUGGGGAGUUGGAAAGAUGGGAAAGAGGCAGUUUCUGGCUGUGGAGCAGGAGAUUUGGGAGGCCAUUGGGAUACAUUUGAAGAUUUCCGAAGGCCAGAGUUUGAAGCUUUCGCAAGGUCAGAGUUGUGGGCCUUGCAACCUGCUCCAAAGUGAAAGGAAGGUCUACUCUCAGUAUGGCGUGGAUGGAGUUUUGGAAGAGCUCUACAGGUGCCUGGGCGUCACCAGCAUGAUUUAUGUGGAGAUCGGAACGCAGUAUGGGAUCCAAUGUAGUACCCGAUUUUUGCGCGUGGCACAUGGCUUCAAAGGCUUCAUGUUUGAUGAUCAGCAUGAGGAUGGGCGAAUAGGUCUGCAGAAACGCUUCCUGCAGCCUUCGUCCAUCGUCGCCGUGCUGAACCGCACGCUGGACGCGGGGGACGUCCAGCGGGAGGUGCCGCCCAUCGCGGCAACGCAGCUGGACCUGUUGGCCACGGAUACGGAUGGCCUGGACUACGACCUCUGGCGCGCCAUGUGCGGACGCCUCCGACCCCGCGUGGCGCUGCUGGAAGCCUUGGGACGAACGGUCCAACGGAAAGUGGUGCUGUUGAUGCAGCGCUGUGGAUAUGAGCUAGUCCACAUGGUGCUGCACGAUAUGUUGUUCCUGCGCCGGGACGUGCUCAAAGGUAGCCGUCCCUGUACAUCUUGGGGAGACCAUGUGGGCGACCUGGACUUUUUCCUCGUGCGCGAACAGUUGCGGAACCACCUUGCGGCAACUUUUUCCUUCAAGCAAAACCCGAAGAAGUACCAUGCCCUGGUACACCAGGGUUUCCGCUUCGAAGAUAUGGGCGUCAGUGUUGAGGAGAUGGAAAACAAGCUGAAGCCGCCACUGCGGCAACAUCUGCCCGGCAACAAAAAAGGCGGAAAAGAAGAGAAUUCUGUGGUAAAGCCAAGGAUAAACCAUCCCCCAAAUCACAUCAAAUCACCAUUCUUAUGGGAUCUGGUUGGCAUCCCCAUAGGCGGUUUUUUGGUUUAUGGCCAUUGA